CUUUUUUUUUUCUUCUUACUGUUAUUUCUUCAGAAAGCUGAAAAAUAAAAAAAGAUGCCUUUGGAUUAUAGUAAAUGGGAUAACCUUGAACUUUCAGACGACUCAGACAUUGAAGUUCAUCCUAAUGUCGAUAAACGCUCCAUGAUUAAAUGGAAGAGAGAGGCCAUUCAUCGUGAACGCGCCGAACGUAAAGCCAAAAUGGAUUACCUUGGCAAGUUUGUACCCACUCAACAAAAGGCUCUAAAGAAGGUACAAGAGCUCAUUGAUAUGCUUCAAAACAAUGACGAUGACGAAAAGGGCAUUCGUCUUGUGAUGGACGUGUUGGAUAAGCAGCAGCAAGAAGCGGCUGGUAUGCAGCUACCUUCUUUACCUCCGCAACUAGAACAGCCCUCACAGCAGCAGGAACAACAACAAAAACCAAUGGAUAUGGCACAAGUGUUUGCUGCCAUGAAGGCUCAAAUUGCAACAGGCUUGUCUCAAACAACACCUGCUGAAGUGAAAAUAACAUUACUGGAAAGAUUUAAACAAACUGCUCAAACCAUUGAAAAGACAGUGGAGGACUCGUCGAAAGAAUUGAAAAAGUUACAAAAAGAAGCGAGUAAAAAGUUGACAAGUGAAAAUAUGUUUACAUCCGAGAAAACGAGUAAAACAAUCUUGAAUAAACCAAAGCCUAUACCAUCUUCAACAACAAAGAAAACAGAAAAGAAAAAGGUGGUAGAGACACUGAACCCAGAUGUCAAAAUGAAAGAUCUCUCCCUUGAAAACAAGAUGACUGAUCGUAAGGAGGAAGAAGAACAGGAGGAGGAAGAGGAAGAUAUCGACAUGUCACCAAAAGCAGCACAGUUCUCCAAAAUCAAGGGCUUUGAAGAUAGUUUCAAGUUCCUUACCAACAAUCCUGAAAUCAUCAACGAAAAGUCCUCUGAUUCCAUUCUUGGGCAAGCAUUCACAGCACAGUUGAAAGGAGAUGAAGAAUAUGCAAAGAAUUGCGUUAUACAAUCUCUUACUCUUCAAUACUGUGGUCAGUUAGGCCGGGAUGGCGUCAAACUUUUCUUUUCAAAGAUGAGCAUUCCCAAUACACAGGGACACAAAAUGUUUAUUGAUGAUGUUGAAAAGACGUACGGUCGAAUUCGUACACGUUGUGUUGAGAUUGCUGCCGAGCAAAUAGAAGAGGGAAGUGGCGAAGGCGUAGAAACAAUUCAGUUACAGCCCAUGGGAGAUGGAUCACAACUUACCAUUCGCGUGCCUGAACCUGAACACGAAGAGGCUUACCAAAAAUUCACUUCAAUGCCUGCUGAAUUUCAGGAGGCUGUUAAAGUGGGCACUUUGGAUGCUUUAAAUAAAGUCUUGGGUGCUUUACCAGUAUCUCAAGCCGAAGCAUUAGUCAAGAUUUGCUCAGACUACGGAUUCUUGGAUGUAGAAGGGGAAGUGGUUGAUCAAACGGGUAGACAGCAGCAACCUGACGUAUAACAGUAAUAAAAGGGCUAUUCUCAUGAUUUACCAACACUGUACAAAUAAAAAUGUUUACAUUAUAUUUAUUCAAAUUGUUUGAAAAAAUGGAGAUGUUACA